GAAUUUUCAGUUUGUGUGAAAGAAUUUCUUUUGACUUUGCUUCCUUUAAAGUUGCAACAAAAAAUAUGACUCGUUUGUUGCAACAUUUUUUUCGAGGAAUAUGUUUCGUCCGCGGCUGAUAUCAGGGUAUGCAAUACCCCAGAACGGCAACGAAAAAGCAGAUCUAACAUCUUCGACGGGCGGGUCCUCAAGCACCACAUCAAGUUAAGGCUUGGGAGUUGACCUAUCAUCUAAGAGCGUCUCUAGGUCUUCUUCAAGUAGGAAAUCCACAGAUAUGCGAGCUAGAGACGCCAACGCUCAACCCCUAACCAAGCACAAACACUUACUACGCUCGUUUCGUUCGUCGCUGUUUACCUCGACAAUGGCAGGACUCUCUCGAACUUCGUGUGGUCGAGGACAACUUCCUUCCACCAGAACGCAUCUUCGGAGAGUGUUUCCUCGGUGCCCGAAAAAGCGUCUGGGAUGGACUGCUGAGUGCGACGCGUUCCCCACCGAUUCGGCGAGAACUCGGACAGUUCUUCAGAGCGCAGAUUUGGCUCUUGUUAAGGGUUAAGUUGUCCGAUAAUUUGAUCUUUAUUCUCAAGAAGAGAAAGAGUUUCUUUACUUAAUUCUAAGGCCAAUGAAACUGAUUAAUCAUAAGGUGAAUGUGUAAGUAGUACAUCGUCCAUGAGCAUGAUGAUAUGGUAUUACCGAUUUUGUUCUAGUACAUUAAAAGUCUAAAUGGAAAAAUCUUCUACGUCCUUUAGUUUUUGAAUGUUAGAUCCAUAUUUAUCCCUCAAUGAUACGCAUCGUAUUCGUAUCUGCUCUCGGUGAAGACGAGGAAACGAUGGAGUCACGGAUUUUUAAGAAUCUCCAAUCAAUGGGUAAUGCUAAUGAAUAUUUAUAUCUAUCAUGAUAUAUUAGGAUAUUUAUUAAUCUCUAAUUUCCGCCAUCGUCCUUACCGUGAGUUUCGUUCUGGUCGUCUCCCCUAUUGCCGUGUUUGGAGCUAUCCUGCACAUCUUUCACUUUGAACAACGUGCGCGAGCAGUCUGGACUACAGGUUGGGCUGCGGAACGGUUUGUGCUAGAACUCGUACUACAAAUUGGACCCUUUGUGCAUCUUUUACUUAUCCGCUAUUUGCUCUUUCGGAAGCUGGAUAGCUGUUUUUUUGUAGCGUUACGAGACUUGUUGCACCGAUGCAAUGGCGGAAAACGGAUGCUGUUUUUUCAACCGAAAGCAACUUCUGGUGGUAUUUUUGAACAAGAGAAUCAAUAUCAAGUAGUUCAACAAGGUCAACAAGACGAACAGCGGCAACAUCUUCAACUACAAGGAUCUUCAGCAAUUGCAAUAGGCACAAGCGGCCCUCAAGGUCGUUCUAGAGGAGGAGGACAACACCAUAGCGGCUCCUUUGAUCUGGAACAAGUCACACCGACGACAGAGGAGAGCUUCGUUCCUAUCAACAACGUCGAAGAUUUCGUUGACUCCUUCGAGAAUAUCACGCCAGUCUCCAAAACUGUCGAUGCCAUGGCUUUCCGCUUGUGUAGAAAUCUCUUCGGAGCUGUCCUUCUGAUCUUGUUCUACUUGUUAGGGAACAUUGGCGGAGCUGCUUCUGCAGCUAGUGCUAGUAGUGCCGCGGGUAGUAGUAAUAUUUCUACUAUCAGGGUUGAAGCGAUUACUAGUGUGUUGCAAAGAAUCAACAUCUUCGAUACGCAAUUUGUCCGUUUCUACGCUUAUCCAGCGUUUCAGUUCUUCGUGAUCUACGACAAGUUAGGUGUCAGGCGUGCAUUCUACGCUGGACUUUUGACGUUUUUCAUGCCUUCGAUGCGUCCAGCAUUAUUACGGCUAUUAUCCUACUUCAUCGCUGUGAGUGCUUUAUGUCGUGAAGUGUUAGAUCCGGCGAUUGCAAGGCUGAGGGAACUCGCAGAUCGAAACUUCGUCAUUUUUUACGAUGGAACCAGUGGGAGACUCGAGAUCGCGUCUGAAUCAGACUACACCAAUUGGAUCCGGACAGGAAGGUUUUACGCCAGAACAGGAAGAUUCGUCAACACUGGAAGUAAAGGAACUACUAGUGCGCAGAGUGGUGGUGGUGGAGUAAAUUAUUCCAUGAACGACCACCAGCAUCAGAUGAAUAUGCUAGAUCUUCAUGUAGCGGGAAGAGCGGAAUUUUUAUCAGCAGGAGCAAGGUCAAGAACUGGCUCACACGGAUCCUCAUUUGCAGGCGAGCAGGAUAAUGGAGACCCCACGUUUUCCUCCUCUCCCCCCUAUGAUCCUAGUACAGCUGGUAGUACAUCUCCGUUUCAACACCAGGGAGGUUGUACUAGAGGUACAAUUUCUACUAGUAGGGAUAAACCUUCAAGAGCUGGUGCUUCUAGCAUUGGCAGUAGAACGGUUUUCUUAGUUAAAACGACAGCAUCUCUUGCGCGUGACUUCGCAUUGUCUCAAAUCCGGAAUACGGUUUUCGGAUUUAAGGACUACGUCACUGCACGGUUUUUUGGCACCAGUCGAGGAGGAACGACGCGGAAUCACCUAGGAGGUUUUGGCCUCCAUCAACUAGGAGUAGAUCAGAGCAAAGAAGAUGAGCUCAAAAUAGUGCAACGAAAUUUGCGCAAUUGGUCAGAGACAAGGGCCCAGCAUGAGCCGGAACUUCUGGGUUUUGGGUUGCCGUUAAUUCUACUGAUUGCCUUUGUCCCAGGAUUCGGCGCUCCUCUAGGGUGGUUCCUAGCACAAAGCGCUGCGCCAGCCUUGUUUAUUCGAAUCUACGUCUUAAAUUUGCUAGUAUUGCAGCAAGCCAUUGAUACUCAUAAACGAGGAGGAGGACAAUUGAGAACAAAUUCCACUUCUUUGUGAAAAAAACAUCACCUCCUCUCAGUUCGAGUUCAUCUAAAAUGUCAAUUAUGAUACCUCCCCUGAGCAUACGUCUACCCCCAGGCCCAGACCACCCGUACCCAGCGGCCCCAUGUCCAGCCCUAAAUGAACCGUAUUUAGACUAACUCAAAGGUGGAGCAUUUCUGAAGGC